AUGACUGCAUUGCAAGAGACUAGUUCAGAAGACUUAGGUUUCAAGCUUUCGACCAAACCCGAAGGUAUCCGCAUUUUCAAUGAUACGAUAGAUUUUCUGGAAGGAGAUAAAAAUGAUUUGAAUUUAUUGUCAAUUGGGAACUUGACAGGAUAUUUUGCAUGUUCCAAUAUGACGUCCAUAGUUUUGGAUAAACUCUCGUUGUUUGAAACGGGAGAGGUUGCAGAGGGGCAUGAAUUGAGAAGAAUUGAAAAUUUGACCAAUGUAUCCCAAUUGACGUUCAAUAGCGAUGAGUCGAAGCUUUAUGUGGUUGUGGAUGGAAAACUAAAAUUUAUCGAUAUGGGGCAGUUCGAAAUGUCCCAACUGGAACCUGGAAUCCUCAAGGAUAUCAAAAAUAUUGAAGACAAAUAUAUACAUAAUGUCAAGGCGAUUCAUCCGUCGCCUGGGUCGCCUGAUGCUAUUGGCUUAAUUAAUAAUUCGGGUGAAUUAAUCGUGAUUGAUGCCGGGGUUGCUAGAAUAUUACAUUCUGGUGUUUCUUCGUUUUGUUGGGCUAAAAAUGGACAAACGAUAUAUUACGGCACUCCUUCGUCUGCGGAUGUGACUGCUGUGUCCACUAUCAACGGUGAUGUUCAGUUUAAAAUUGAAAACUCCGCCGUGUCUGACCCAACAGAAGUCACUUUAAUCAGCUUUAUCGAAUUAGAGUCGAAUUUUAAAUGGUUUGCUGUUUAUGACAGAGGAGAAGGAGAACCAGAAGAUCACGAAUAUCAAAUAUACAUCAUUCAAAAAACUGAUGAACAAACAUAUGAAUUCUAUGAAACUGACAUAGCUCCACCAUUUGGAUCGGUAGCACGUUUUGGUACCUAUUACUUACUGUCUUUGUCUAACUGGUCUCCAGGACAAACAUUAGUAUUUGUUACUUCGUCAUUGGCAACUGAAAUCAGCACUCUUUUUAUGAAUGCUGAAGGAAAUAUUGAGUCUAUCACUCAACUAAAUGACUCUGAUAGAGCCCAAUUCCCCAUUAACGAUGAUACUGGUGACGAUGCAUCGCCAAUUGGUCUUGGUCUUGAGUUGGGUUGUCUUGAAUAUGUUGUUCCAGAACCAUGUAGUGGCAUUGAUGAAGCGAAAGGUUUACCAAGGCUCUGGUGCCUAACACAUGAAGGGACGUUAAUAAGUUGGUGGAUAUUUGACGUUCACGGUUUGAAAAAUGAAAACGUAAGUCUAGAAAGGGCGCUCGAUCAUUUAAAGGAGGGAGUAGUGAUUGGCUCAACGAAACUAGCUAACGAAAAAGAAAUCAUCAAUGAUACCAAGGUAUCUAAUUCUAAUUAUUCCGCUAAGUCUAGUGGCGAAAAUCAAGAGCAAUCUAUAAAUCAGCCUUCAUCUAAUCUUCCAGAAGAUAAAGUUAGCUUUGGUUCGUCGGGAUUCGGCACGUCUAAGGUAGGAUCCACUUCAUCAGGUGCUGUGCUCGGUUCAACUGGAUUUGGUUCAACUGGAUUUGGCUCAAGUGGGUUUGGAUCCAACUCUUCUAGUACAGGUACUAGUGCGGGUAGUGGUUUUGGUUCUACAGGUUUUGGCUCAUCGGGCUUUUCUAAGGUGUCUGAACCGUUAGGGUCAAGCGGUUUUGGAGAAUCAAAGAAAUCGUCUGGUUUUGGUUCCUCGGGUUUUGGUUCCUCUGGUUUUGGGUCCUCGGGCUUUGGUUCCUCUGGUUUUGGUUCCUCUGGUUUUGGUACCAAUAUAUCUGAAUCCAAGAAUGAUAAUAACUUUGGAAAUGCCGGGUUUGGCACAAAUACCACAAGCUCCAAUGGCUCCAAGGCCGCAGGUGGAUUUGGAAA